AUGAGUUACCUCAGCUACGUCGACUCAUUAAAACGCAGCUCCCAAAUGUCUGCCCCAACUACACAAACACCCGCAGCAGAGAUGCCAUCAUCACCAUCAUCAGCACCAAAAGUCGGCUUCAUGUCCCUCCCCCUAGAACUCCGCUUCCAAAUCUACGACCACCUCCUCUCCAUCCCGCCUCACCCAAAAUCCUCCUCCCACCACCACCUCUCCUCCUACGCCCAGCCCUCCGAGCACGUCUACCCAGCAAUCCUCCUCGCCAACCGCCAGAUCAACUGGGAGGCCACGCCCUUCCUCUAUUCGUCAAACAUGUUCGUCGCACACCCAACCCUUCUCGCAACGUUCCCUCGUCUGCGCAACUGGUAUCCUCCCAUGCGAGAGGCCAAGACGCUGGUGCCCCUUAUCCACCGCUUCCACGUCCAGGUCCGUCUGGACUUGCCCCUGCCGUACGACCGCAAGGCCGUCGCGGAAUCUUUCUCCGGGCUGGACGAGCUGUCUAUCGAUCUUGUCCAGUCCAUGUUCCUGGGCGUCGACUGCAACAACCUGGCGGUGUUUGACGCGGUGCGAGGCGUCAAGAACGUUUAUAUCAGCGGCAGCACGACUGGCUUCGAACACUACAUUGCCUGGCUGGUCAAUGCCAUGACAAGUCCCUUGGGAGCUGAAGUUGCCCCCUAUGAGCCGCAGGAAGACUCUCCCUGGGCGCACAUCUGGAGCGGACACGCAAAUCUCGUCCGCUCAUCAAUACCCCAGAUCGAGAAGCAAGAGUAA